UUGCUUUUGCGUUUUGAGCUGCAUGGUGAGGUCCUGAGGAGUGUAAACUGUGCGACUGCAUGGUUAGAAAAAUUAGGGAGGGAUUGUGUGUUCUCCAUGUCGAGGUCUAGGAAAUAGGGUAAGGGACAUGGCUGAGUUGAUGGACACCAGUACGAGUACAGAUGCAACCUCUCUUGCAGCUCCGCCACCAGCCACACCAGUAGAAUCUACUUCUGCAGAGGAAACUACAGCGGUAGCCCCCAAAGUAGAAGAUUCAGUUGCCGUAGUCGAAACUCCAGAAGCGCAGUUUUGGGCCACAGUCAAGGAAAACCCUUCUGACUUUGAUACGUGGGUCAAGCUACUGCAAGUUGUUGAACAGCAGGACAAAACAUUCGCAGCUCGAGAAGCGUUCGACACGUUUCUGGCGAAAUUUCCAUUCUGCUAUGGGUAUUGGAAAAAAUAUGCCGACUACGAGCAGCGCCAAAGUGGUAACGCAACUGCCAAGGAGGUCUACAGGCGUGGAUUGACUGCAGUACCGCUUAGCAUUGAUCUGUGGAUGCAGUAUGCAACGUUCACAGAGCAAACUAGCAAGGCCUCUGAUCUGGACAAGAUCAAAGAGGUGAAGGCUAUUUAUGAUGCUGCUAUAGCUACAGCUGGCCUGGAUUUUCGCUCGGAUCGCCUCUGGGAAACCUACAUUGACUGGCUGAAGAACUUGAGUUGCCUGAAGGAUGCUCUUGAUGUGUUUGAUCAAGUACUGUGCGUGCCAACACAGCAGUACAGCAAGCACGUUGAUAGGUUCAAAGAGCUGGUCACAUCCCAGCGCCCAGUUGACAUACUCUCUGACGAAGAGUACUCACAGCUGUACCAUGAGGUCAAUGCCGCCAUUACAGCCCAGGAGGCGCUGUCCUCCAUAUCGGCAGUGCCGACGGCGAGUAACUCUCCUGAAGCUGUGACACCACCAGCUGCAGCGGCAGCUGUGUCGACACCGAGCAUGACCACAGCCAGUGAUGAAACCACAGCUGAGAGCAGCGCUGUCAAUGGUCAUGCUGUGGCGCCAGCAGAUGGUGAUACCAGCACUCCUGCAUCACCAACCUGUGUAUCAUCGGAGGAGCCUGCCGAUAUGAAAGCAACCGAAGAGGGUGGCUCUAUACCAGCGACAGAAGAAGGCACCUCCGUGCCAGCAACAGAAGAUGGCACCUCCGUGCCAGCAACAGAAGAAGGCACCUCCGUGCCAGCAACAGAAGAUGGUACCUCCGUGCCAGUAACAGAAGAUGGCACCUCUGUGCCAGCAACAGAAGAAGGCACCUCCGUAUCGGGAUCAGAUGAAGGCAGUUCUGGAUCAGCAGCGGACACAGUUCCUCCGGUAGAGGCCGAUGCGGAAGCAGCGCCAGCAGAAGCAGCACCAACAGAGUUGGAUGACCUAGCAGAACUGAAAAUGCUAGCGGAGCAGGAGGCAUUGGCUAAACGCGAUGUGAAAAUGGUGGCGGGUAUUCGGGAACGAAUUAUCUCGAAGAGGUACGCAGUUCACGAGGCGACGCAGAACGAUGUGCGCAAGCGAUGGAGCUUUGAAGAAGGUAUCAAGCGGCCUUACUUUCACGUGAAACCCCUGGAGCGGUCUCAGCUUAAGAACUGGCGUGACUAUCUGGAGUUUGAGACGAAAGAAGGAAAUGCAGACCGCGUGGAACUGCUCUAUGAGCGGUGUGUGAUCAGCUGUGCUCUAUAUGAGGAUUUCUGGAUGAAGUAUGUCAAGUACAUCGAAUCCACAAAGCCUGAUAAUGUCCACAGAAUCUAUGAGCGAGCGUGUCAUAUCCACUUGCCGAAGAAACCGAACAUUCACCUCGCCUGGGCAGCGUAUGAAGAGGCACAGGGUGAGAUUGAAACUGCUCGUCAAAUCCUGCAGUCACUGGAUGCUGCUGUACCACACAUUGUCUUGGUCAAACUUCACCGUAUCAGCCUGGAGAGGCGACAUGAAUUCAAGGAUAAUACUUCCAAGAUCUUUGAGGAGGCGCUCGCACAAUCAGUUUCGUCCGAAGCAUUCAACUUUUACUCGUGGCGUUUCGCACGCUUCUUGUCAAAGACGUGUCACGACCUUGUCAGGGCACGGACUGUGAUGGAAGCAGCGAUUGAGAAAGACUCAGGGAAUAAGCGUCUCUUCCAGCAGUUGCUUUCCCUAGAAUUGGCUCAAGGUGAUAAUGUGGACGAGGCUCGCGUUGAGGUUGUGUUCACAGCCGCACAGAACAGCACAUUGCUAUCACAGAAUGCCAAGCAAGGCUUUGCUCAGCGCCGCCUGCAGUUCUUGGAAGAGUUUGGCACAUCACCGACUGUGCUAAUGGAUGCGUAUGAAAGCUAUCAGAAACUGUACAAGAAGUCUGGUGGAGGUUCACGAAAGCGCACCCAUGGACAAGACGGUGGCCCAUCGUCGAAGAUGCCCCGUUUGGAUGGCAGUGUCGAGGAUUCACAGCAGGCCAGUGCGUUUGCGAAAGCCAACCAGGCACUGCAGGCGAUGCAUACGCAACCUGCAGCAUCAGCAGCAGCUGCCGUAGCACCACAAGCAGGCUACGCGUACGCGCCUGUAGCAGGUGCAGCAGCGCCCACUGCACAGCAGCCAUGGAUGCAAAUGCAGUAUGCCACAGCUGGCCAACCAGCAGCAACGGGCUAUGCGUAUCCAGCAGUAGCUGGUCAAACCUGGCAAUACCCACAGUACCAGCAGUGACCUAGCAUCGCCUCCCGUUCCCUCAUGCUUGUGUGCGUUCGCAUGAACAAAUCCUGGGCGUGGAAAGACACCUUUCAUUGACAUCGACAUCUGUAACUACCCCGAGAAUCGUUAGAAUUUAACAAGUCAUCGAUGGCACCAAGCCACGUUCUGCGUAUAGUUCUGUUAUAGUUGGAGAUGUUUGAAUCAACGCAUUGUGCAUAUCACCAGUACCCCACUAAUGCCGUGGCUGACGCCUGCACCACCUGAGAAUAGUCUACAUACUGUUGAGCUCAUACUUUGUAGGUGUGUGCAUAUGUGUGUGUGUGCGCGCGCACGUGCUUGCUCGUGCCACAAUCAAAUGCUUCCGUGUUAGAUGUGCGCUGCUUCCGUCAGUCCUCCCUGCCGGUCGUGCUCUGCUUCCCUGUCUUGAAGUGCUGUGUUGCAGUUGGUCGGUCAAGCACAGCCCUGUGGCCUUGCUGCUAC